UAAUGGCCUCUAAUCAAAGGAGAAAACAGUCUACCAGUUCUGUUGGACCUGAACAGCUGAUGAGAUUAGAAAGCAGCUCAUCCUCUAAGCGUUCUAAUGAUGCAGUUGCUGGAUCCAGUUUACUCAAAGAUGGUGUUAAGCGCAUGAAAGGCUCCACAGAUGAAAUAAUCAUUGGGAAGAAUCAUGUCAAUCCAGCCCUUAUUCUGCACUUAGCCAAAAGCACCAAGGAAGACGGAAUGUCAAAAAACAAGAUGAAUGCAAUAAUUUGUCAGGCCCUGAGACAAUUAAAGUCCGAAAAGACUGGUACAGAGAAAGCUUGGUUUAUAAGCUUAGUCACUCUUGCUAAAUUAAAGACUGAACUUUUCACUUCCGAUAAAAUUGUAGAGGUGCUUUGUGGAUAUUUGGAGCGAGACCCAUCUCAACUUCUACACAAGGGAAGAAAUUCCUCCCUGCUACCCGUUCUCUCAUGUUCACUGCUUAUGACAGCCUACAAGAAAGAAGAAAACUGGCCAGAGGUGUUUGUCAAAGUGUACGUCAAAGAUGCUAUAUCAGAUAGGAUCUGGAUAGAGAAUCCCAUGUGCAAACAGUAUUGCAGUGAGAUUGUUAAGGUUUUUGGCACUGUAAAGCCUUCAACUGCUAGUCCAACCAACUCUAUUAUGGGUCCAGCUAAGCCUGAUGUAGACCCUAUGCCACUUGUUAUAAAUGAAGAUCAUGUUCAGUCUAGUAAUUCUGGAGAGUCGUCCGCAAACGAAGAGAAAGUCGUGGCCUCUCGGUUUAAGAACAGUGCAGUUCAAGACUGCAUCAAAGCAUUUGUUGUUAAGACUGUGAGUGAAUACAUUGGACAAAAGAAGUCUGUAGAUAACAUGGCUAGAAACUUUGUAAAGUUUCUCGGUACUAGUUGUGGUUAUCCUGAAAUUAGACAGCUUGCUGUUGGUAAACUGGAUGCCUUCCUUAACAGUACUAAACUCUCCCGACCAGCGCAGGACCUUUUGUCAUACAUUGCUGCCAAUGCCAGGACCGGUUCUUCAGGAGAUACAGAAGUGAUACAGAAGCUUGCUCAACUGAGGAUAAAAUCGAAACCUAUGGCUAACUUCUAUAUUUCUUGUAUGAGAGAGUUAAUGUCGCUGCAUCCUCAUAAUCUUGAACACCUCAUGAAGACAGUGAUCCGAAAUGAACUUGCCAAUAACAGGAACACAACCAAUAUGCAGUUCAUUGCAGCUUUCUUUCAGCACGACGGAGAAAAGUCUGCUAUUGUGCUGGCGCACAUUUUCCAAGAACUGUUACUCCAACCUGAGGACUGUCUGCGUUCACUCAGACUUCUCUUACGUGAAAUUGUGAGAAGCGUUCAUUAUGAAUUCAAGUUUUCACAAUUUGCUUUAGCAUUGAUGCAAGAAAUAACCUCACCAUCCUUCAGAAACACUGACCCAAAACUUCAGGAGCGAAUGUUUUUAUCUCUUAACAGCCUCAUUUGCCUGACCAUUCUUCUCAGCUGUAAACCGUCCAUCAGAGAUAUUGCCAUGUCCUCUACCAAGACAGAUGUCUUGCCUCUCAUAAAGUUUCAAAAUGAAGUAGCAGCUAUGCAGAAAAAUGCAGUUUGGUGGCUCCAUAAAAUAGUGCCAGCUCAAUACCGUAUUGGGGCAAAGCAUUACUACAAUUCCCUAAGACAAGUACUGUUUCUAGAUGACCCAAUCAAUUAUACAAGUAAAGACAAUUGGCCAAGUGACGCUGAGCGUGACAUGCUGGUUUCCCUUUGUGCGAAUGUCCCCUUACUGGAGAACACCUUAAUGAGGCUUGGAGUGUUGGGCACUGUUAAUAACCUCCCCCUCAAACCUCAGGAGGUGCUGCUGAUCAUCAACAGUGUGGUCCGUAGAGCAGCAAUGCUGGAUUCUGACAAUGAUGUUCCUCCACCCCUCCAGAUAACUGGUCAGACAAAACACAACUUGGAUAUCAUCCAGAUGCUCAUUAAACUGUCAGAGUACAAGUAUCAUAACAUCAAACUACCAGAGGGUUACACUCCACCACAACUUGUAGUUUCUUCUCAUUAUUGGAGAGCGUGGCAAAUUCUUCUGGUCCUGGCAGCCUUCAAUCCUACCACUGUGGGUGCCCUUGCUUGGGAGCGACAUCCCACUUUAAGGGGUUUCAUGGAGAUGGUCAUCACCAACAUACCAGUUCCUCUAAACUCUGUUAACUAUCAAGAAACGAUGAUGCUGGAAAAGCAACUUAGUGCUGCUGAAGAAUCUGACAUUUUGGUGUUUGAAGGGCACAUUGCUCGAGGUGUAAAGAUCACAAAGCAGAACAGUCACAUGCUUAACCAACUAUUAGUAGUGAAGGAAGGAGGACCAAUGAGGAAACCUCCUCAAGCAGUUCUAGACCAAACAAGACUCCUUGCUAUGGAGCUCCACCUCGGACACAAGCUCUGCAAAGUUAGAGACCCAGAUUUUCUGUUGGACAUUAUCAAAAAGCAAGGAACAAGCAAGUCCAUGUCCUGGCUUUCAGAGCUUGUCAAAAAUUCCGAAAAUUCUUUUGAGCUGCUGCCUGUGCCAUGUUUAUGUGAGUUCUUGCUACAAGAUAUUCAGAACACAAAACGACAUAUCCUUCUCAAAAGGUUACAGUCAAUUCUUUUGGGGACCAGUGACAGUACCCAGACUCAAGAAAUUGUGUCUUAUUUCAUCAGCAAGAUGUCUGCCACAUACGUUGUUAGAUACAAAGCACUGAAAGGUCUCAAGACGAUAUUCAAUCGUCCCCUAGAGGAUCAAACUAAUGAGGACUGGUUGCUAGUGGACCUUGCAAAUAUUCCACUUCACAGCACAGUUAGUGCUAUUGUUUCUGCUGAAUUACAGAAAGCUUUGCUAGUUGAGCAAUCAGUUUCGCUUUUAGGUGCUUACCUUAUUUACAUUUGCCGUUACACGUCUCCGAAGUCCAUGGUGUCUGCUGCUCUUGAAAUAGCUUCUGUGAUGAUCAAAAGGAAUCAUGUUAUGUUUAGAGUCUUGGAAGCCGAUGAAAACGCUUUGAUAGCCCUUUUAGAUCUCUUCCUGAAAAUGUUUGUGUCUUACAAGGGACUGAAAAAGGGUGAUGAAGAUGCUGUCGGAAUCACUGUUGAUGGAAAACUCAAAUAUUUUCAUAAAGAAAUUAUUCAAGCUGAUUUGGUUCUACUUGCUGAGGCGAGAGGAAGAGAUGUUGGAAGCAACAACAGUGUUUCAAAGCUUAAGAAAAUAUUAUUUUCUUCUGACGCAACUGCACAACUUCAGGAUAGUAUCGAGAUUCUUUGCUCAGAAACCCUGAUUCCAAUACUGCUUGGUUCUGGGGUACAAGAACUGCAAGACUAUGCAGUGAAGAAUCUUUCCUACGACAAGAUGAUCCUCCUUCUUCAGGAGUUUUCUCUCCCAGAGACCGCUGCUCAAUUUAUCCUACAGAAAUUGGACGACAAUCUCAAAGACGUUACUCCUUUACUGGAAGAAGAAGAGGAGCUUUUGUCUCAUAUUCAGGCUUGGAGAAUAAACGUUUCUGCUGGAGAGGAAAUAGAAGCAUUUCUGAUGAAAAAAUCUGCACCAGUUAAGAUUGAAACGGUAGAUUACUAUGGAAAGUUUGCUAAGCCUGAGAAGAUGGAAACAGAUGAAAUAGUUGAUCAAAAACAGAAAGAGUGGUCCCAAAUUCUUAAAGAUAUUUUCGAAAACGACUCGGUGGACAGCCAGUCACAUUUAAUGACAUUCUGCCUCCAAAACAAAAACAUCGAGGAGAUAUGUCUUAAUUUAUACUUGUGGGUCCAAGACAAUAAACUUCCGCCCAGACACGAACAGUUUAUAACUGUAGUUGUUCAGAUUUUGGCAGAAAACUGUCCAAACAAGGAUAUCUUAGAGAAACUUCUGCUGGCAAUCUCUCCGUUCUGCAAAUCUCUUAUUCCACUACACCGAAAGUUGUUUCCAGUAUCUUGUGUUCCUGCAAAGGAUGACGACAGUAAAAUUGGGAGUUUACUUAGUUGGUGCAGUAACCCUCAAGACAGCAACUUUAAAACAGUGAUCAGCACUCUACAGAGUAUGGAAGUCAGUGCUGUGGCCGACAAAAGACAGCUCGGUACGGUGUGGCAGAAAGUAUUCAAGACUGCCAUAUGUAACAGUGGCAGACAUGGAAUUGACCUUCAGCUUCUUGUCAAAGUUGUCGUUGGUAAAAUGAUUGAAAGUCCUCUAUGUUCCGGAAUGUUUAUGGAUUGGCUUCAAGUUUUGUCUCCUGAACUCAGCUGUUUCAAAAUGUUUCUUGGAACAGAAAAGAAGGUACCAGUUUCUCUACAGAGGUACAUCCUCAACAUGAUCUGCAGUAGUUGUGGCUGGGAAACUCUCCACCAAUGCAUUAACAGUCUGCUCUUGUCAGAUGAUUCUGGAUUUGACGAGUCCCUCAUAUUAGAUUUCUUGCAAGGGUGCUGCAAUAACGAGAGAAUUUGGCAAGGUGCCAACAGUAAGCGUGGUACAAGUAAAGGAUCACUAAAACUAAGUAGCGACCAGCUAUGGAGACUUUGUGUACUGAUUAUGUCUGAGAUUGCUAAAUUUGAUGGGAAAUGUGAGGGAAGCCUACAAGACAAACAAUUUGUCCUACUCUCCUGGAGACUACCCCUCAUCCUAUCUCCCUUCCACAAACCCCUCUUUCCUGACCUAGUCAGCAAACUUCAACACUACCCCAACAAAUGCAGCAAGCUCCUCACCCUGUCCCUGUAUCUUGCUGAACCAACUGCUUUCUCUCACGGGACCUCUACAAACCUGAUUAACGGUGCUCUCGCCUGCACGGUCACCUCAACCUCCUGUGAUGCUCUCAUCCACCAGCUUAUUAACAAUGUGUGUGAUAACAAGAAGAACUGUGCUAGUGGUUACGUUCUCCUGAGGCGGUUGGCAUCCUAUCACCCACCUCUCAUACUACGCCAUCUAGAUCUCAUGACAGGGGCCCUGGGUACCCCUACUAAUGUUAGUAAGAACGAGUUCAUCAAGAGUAACUAUGGUCAGGUGUUUAUCAGUAUUAUUGGGAUUCUGGAAGCAUUAGGAUCACAUUUGUUCAAGCUUGAUGCAUCUUCUAUUUUGAAGGAAUGCAUUGCUUUUGCAGUGCAGCACACCAAAAGUGAAACUCGGUUGUAUACCCCUACGAUCAUUAAACUGUCUCAUAUCCUCCUUCUUUACCUUGAAAACGACCGAUCUGGAGCCUUGAAGCUGAUGGACAAGGAGAGUGUAGAGAAGUUAAAGAAGUUGGAGAAUAAGAUCAGAGACCCAGUUCUAACAAAACUCUUGAACUGCCUUGUUAACGGAGGUAACUGUUUCACUGCAGAUUUCGAUGAAAGUUCCAUGGCACCCUACUUUGCUAAAAUGUGUGCUGACAGUUCAGAAAGUUUGAGUAUUUUACAAGAUCUGGACGCAGGGAGCAUCAAGAAACCAGCAGUGCUGAGAAUGUUCCUUCACGAGAUAUGUAGACGGAUGACGAGUGAUAAUCCCGAGUGUAGGACCUUAGCUCACAAACUUGCAAUACGGCAUGUUCGGCAAGUUCCUAAAGACAGUUCCAUCGUGUUUUCUUACAUUGAAACUGCACUUCAUAGCCCGCAUCACGACAUUAUUAAGUCGGUGAUCUCUGAGAUUCCUGAGCUGAUACUGCUGAGUGGUCCUGAAUCUGCCAGACUUAUGAGACUAGUUUUUACUGCUGUUGCUAAUUCUAAUAUUGAUAUCACCUCUGAGUUUAUGGUGAUUAUGAAAACGAUCAUUACUUCCUCCGACUUGUUUUGACAAGAUUCUUACAGAAAUGGAUGUAGAUUGUAGAUGGUAAAAUGCUGUUAAAUAUCAUUAUUAUAUAUAUAUGACUUUUCAAAGUUUGAAAAUUAUUUAUUUUUAUUGAUUGUGUGAUAUAAUAUUGGCGUUCCCACUGUUUUUAACACGUUAUAUUAUAAUGAUGAUCAUAUUUUGUCUCUGACGCAAUCAUUUGCAUAUGAAACCAUUUUUUAGAUUAUCAAUUUCAUAUAAUGCUACACAGAUCAGACAAGAUAUCCUAUUACUCUUUGUUAAUCUAAUUAAUCCUUGUCAAUUGACCUCAAUUAUUUU